CAUGUGUUUAUGGCCAUUGGGUUGACUCGCUGAAAAGAAAGAUAGACAGACCUCUCCCUCGGAGCAGCGUCAAUUCCGCGUUUAGCAGCAAAGAGUGUGGUUUAUCCUUAUAGUGGAGAAAUCCAAAAUAUGUCAUUUCCAGCCUUACGAGGGUAGACGGGUGACCAGCUCCUAAAACAAGCAAGAGCUGGGGAAGGAUGUGAAAAUUCGGUUUUCUACCCUGGAAUGAACGGCGGCUCGUGCCUGUUCAGCCUUGGAUGCUCACUUUCCCCCGAGUUCUCACCGCUAAAUGGGACUGCAUGAGGUUUUACUGACGUUGGUGAUGAUUCUCUCUCUCCCUACACCCUCCUCCGCCAAUUUUCUAGUAAAUGAACAAACCGCGGCUCUGUUAGAAGAAGAAGAAAUCUAAAAUCUUGAUUAAGAGCUACCAAAACGUUAUAAACUAGUUAUCAACAUUUUGAGGGGAGAGGAGAGCAGGUCUUAUGGUAGCAAGCAUGACUUGUCCCCAUAGGUAAGCAGGGUCUACCCUGGUUGCAUAUGAAUGGGAGACUUGAUGUUGAUGUGUGAGCACUGCAAGAUAUUCCCCUCAGGGGAUGAAGCCGCUCUGGGAAGAGCAGAAGGUUUCCAGUUCCCUCCCUGAAGCCGGAGGAGAGAGAAUGUAGGUUUGCUGAGCAAGAUGGGAAGGAAGCGCCGCUGGUCACUCUAGUUUGUAACCGUCAUAAAACGGAACGGACGGAGGAGGUGGUGCUUUCCAAACAUAAUUAGGGUAGACCCUGCCUGGGGCAAAAAGAUCUCAGGUUGCAGCAAGGCAUGUUGGGGUGAAGAAGCAAUGGCUGUUCUCCCUUUGAAAAAAUAAGAGUCGUCAGUUGUUCGGAUGGAGUUUUUCAGUGCUUUGCUUAGAUGAUUCCUGGAAAACAUGGAGUUGCCAAAUGAAGAUAUAACAUUUAUUAUUGAUGAGACACUGGAUUUUGGCCUGACUUCUCCUUCAGACGGACCAGAAGGGGAAGACCUUGUCAUUUGCUCCUUGGAACACAAUGGAAGAUGUGUGACAAAAACAACUGACAGGAACAUCUUUCUAGGAGAAAGUGAGGGCAGGACGAGAGAGCAAAGCUCUCAGUGGAGUCCCCUGAGUCCUGAGAAGCUGGAGGAGGUCAUGAAGGAAGCCAAUAUGUUGGCUGCGCAACUGGAGAGAUGUGAGCUGCAGGAAAAGGAGAAUGCCAACUCUGAACUGAGGCUUGAGAAGAUUCCAGAAUUUGAGGCUUUAUCACCAAUCAGGUUCUUGCAUGCAGAGAAGGCAAGCCCCAGAAACCCUAGACGAGAGACAUUUAAUGUGAAUAACAGCCCUCUGAAAGCACUGCUGCCAACUGUGGGACCCGAAACCUGCUCAGCUUCCAGUCCUCCCAAAGCUUCCAAGGGGAGAAGUCCUGUGCCUGCCAUUGUGGACUUGCCCAUUUCCAAGGGCAUCCAAUUUAAAUCGAAUACUAGCAGUGCAGACGGUCAGCUCUCUAAGAAACCCAGACCCAGCAACUCGCCCAAGAUCUUGACAAUGACAACAUCUUCCAGCAAUAAGAAAGUACAGUGGCAGGAGCAGAACUUGCAGAGGUUUCAGUCUCAGACCGCUACUGGGAACAGUAGGAAGGAUAAAACAGCUUCCCUCUCCCUUCCCUGUGCCAUAAAAGAUCAGGAAUACCUGCUGGAUUUGAGGUCUUCCCGUCGAACCAACAGAAGAGGACCUUUGAAGAAGUCAGGGAAUGCUUCUGGCCAGGCCUGUUCUGCUGAAGACCCACAGUGGCGCCUUCGGGAUUUACCCAGCAGAGGUCCAAUCCCAGUAGCACAAGUGAAAGGAAAGCUGGGUUCCAGGCUAUGUCCACUGCAGACAGGCCCUGUGAAGAAGUCCCCUGUUGCUCUGGAAGAGGCGGUGCCUCUCCAGAAAGCGAAUGCACGCCAAGCUAAAACUGUGAGGGGUGAUGGCCCACGGUUACCAUCCAGCUCUAAGCUUCAAAGCAGCUCUUUGCAGAUUCGAACCAGGAGCACUGCCCCGUCUGUGCAUGCAAGCAGACUCCCAGUACCAAACUCCAUUCCAAAAGCAACCAGUCGUAUUGCCACUUUAGGCAGGCAAGCAGUUCCAGGGAAGAUCAGCCAGCAGAAGCCACUGAAUGUGGGAGUGCCUGGUGGCAAGGGAUCCACCGUACCAACGUCUGCUGGGAAGAAAGCUUCUGCAUUUCAGUCGACAAUCCCUUCUGGUGCUUCCCAGAACAGCAGGCUGCAGCUGCCAAAGAAGGCAACCUCUGGUUCUUCAAGGUAACAGUGCUCAUCACUAACUUGGACAGGCCAGCAACUUCUGAUGGUCCCAGGCUCCUUCCUUGUGAGGAUAAAGCUGAGCUACUUGCCUGGCCUUGGCUUCAUUCAGAGGAAACUCUCAUUGCCACCUGAUACAGAACAGCUCUUAAGAUUGCUUGUCUGCAGGGCUUACACUGUGGAUCUCUUCCAAUGUUCAUGUUGUAAAUCUUUUGUUUCAGCUUUACAGCAAACGGAUUUGAGGGUGGGAGUGUAGCCACUGAGCAUCACCUGCUCUUGACCUACCACUACAUUCCUGAGUUUGGUUUUAUGUACUAAACUCCCCAUUGCUGGAAGUGUUCUCCAGCUACAAGCUGUGAAACUUGGGGGCUUUCAGUUGCUCUGCUUGGCAAGCUGUGGCCAUGGCUGUGCAUGUUCUCAUUCAGUGUUAGAACAGAACAGCUUUAUUGAGCAUCAAUGCAGCAACCUCUGAGAUAGUCUGUCUUUGAUAAGGCAUACGACUAGAGGUGUGUGGAAGUAUCAUGUUAUGACUGGAUGAUGUAUCUGUUGUGCACAUGUUCUCAAUAGCAGCUGCUUUUAAAAAAAUCCACUAUUGUGAAUUUCACUAGUUAAAGGGGGAUCCAUUUAUUGCUGAUGGUGUUUUGUAUGUAUAAACUUACUGUGUAUUGAGAAUCUGGUGGCUCCUGAUUCUCAUUAUUCUUUAAAAAAUGAGGCAUUUCUGAUUGCAGACUAUUUGUGACUGCAUAAUUCUUUCCUACACAUGUGGACAAAUUUGUUGGCACCCUUACAGCUAAUUGAAAAAGUGUUUUAUGCCUCCUGAAAAGAAAUGAAAAGCAAUUGUCCCAUGUAUACCUGCAUGCCUUUGAUAUGUCAUCGAGUAAAGCCUUAGUCUGAUUGCA